CUGCCGUGAUGGGAAGUCGGCCUACAAUGCAAUUCGGCUCAACAAUUCUUUGACAUUGAUACAGUUCUGGAUUACAAAAGUCAAAUUAACUUAACCAGUGACCUGUCCUCGCUGAAAUCUCACCUGACAGUGUCUGUUAACAUCAUGACCCCAACGCUGGAGAGUAGUCUUCAAGAUGUGAAGGAUGCCGUCGAUGUAAACACAACCUCUUUCAUCACAGAGCUGGAAGGGUCUGUUACUGAUGUUAACCUGACCACAUUUGCCCAGUCACUGAGGGAUCUAGGAGACGAGUUAGUGGCCAAUGCCACUACCUCUACAGAGGCUGCAGCAAUAUCAACUCGCACAGACCUGUAUAAUCAUGCUGCCUCACUGGACAACAUUGCAGCCAAUGAAUUACAAGAUCUGCAAACAUCUGUGAAUUCCUUGAAGACACACGUUGCAACCCUACAUAACCAGAAGAACCAGGUGGUUGUUGAUGUUGACAAAUUGAACGCAAGUCUGAGGAAUACAGAAGAUUUCCUGAACAAUGAUGCCACGCCUCUCUUAUCACAGGAAACUGAGAAAUACAUUGGCAGGGUUACAAGAACCCUCGAUACUUUUAUUAAUUACACCUUGGAUGCUGUAAAAUAUGACAUGGGAAAAUGUGAUAUUGUUUACAAGCUGUUUGCUGACAUGUUUACCAUUGGAGUUUGCAAAUACACUCUGGAUGCCUUUAAUGCGAUUUGGUUGGCCUUGGGCUGGUGUAUAUUCUUCUUCACUGUAAGCAUCGUGUUCGCUGUGAAACUUUCAAAACAUUUCCGACGCAUGCACCACCUGGAUGGCAGCUCUGCAACAAGAAAGCCUUCCUCAAAGGUGUUUCCAAGUGAAAAAGUGUCAUAGAGUCAUGGUAUCAAGGUUUCAUUUGUACAACAAAGUGGCACACAUAGACGGAUUCUAAACAACACAAGAAGAUGGAGUUCAAACCUGUCCAAAGCUGAGGAAUAAACUGUUUUUUCGGAUAUUUUUAACAAAAACAGCACUAGACAUCAGAUAUCAGUAUUUAUUGUUAAAUGUUCUGAAUGGUUUUUGAAAAAUUGAAAUGUAAUUAUCGACCACCUGUUAUAAAAUACCAGUACUGUGAUAACAAUUAAAGUAUGUUUAACUUACAAGCGUGUUGUUUAACAUGAAAUCAUGCAUACAGAAAAAUAAAUAUGAUAACGAAUGGUAUGUAUGCCAGCUGCAAGUAAUAUAUGCAUGUAUGUAUAAUAUUUUUCAGACAGAAAACAAGUCUAUUCUGUAUUGAGAUGUGAUCUCGAGGAACUGCUGAAAUAUUUUGUAACUUUUUUCCAGUAAAUUCGUCCUCAUGCAACUUCAACUUGAAAUCUAUUUUGAUGCACAUGUACCAGCAUACAGUCAAGGUAAAUGUAUAUGUAUAAUGGUGGGUUAAACUGAGAAUUGUUCUUAUAGCUUUUGGAGAAGAAAAACGUAUAUCUUAUGUUCAGGAAGGUGUGUCUUUUUUUUUUAUUUUAAUUUUAUGCUAAGUACUGGAAAACAAGUUGAGGUAAUGGUCUAUCAUCAACUAUGGUCUGUAUAGAAAAGUAGCAGAUUUCACUUUCUACCCAGUCAGUAUUGCGUAAUUGUUUCCCAUGCAUCAGAAUUUUCACAAUUUUAUCCUGACGAUAGCUAAAAUUUAAUUUUCUGUUCAAAUAGUAUCUAGAAGAAAUUAUUUUUUAUUAACAUUCCAAAAUGGCUCUGAUAUAUCUGUUGAACAUAAAGCUACAUUUACACAUAUUUCUUAUCCCAUUUAAGUCGACAAUACAUGUAAUAGUACAUGUAUUGUCAUAUAUAUUUCUUGUUGAAAAAUUUUAAUUUGUUGAUUUCAUUAACACCACACAGAUAAAUUUUAAGAAAAUUUAUUUUUAGGUUAGUUUCUCUUUGUUUUUUCAAAAGUAUAUUUUAUGAAUGUGAGCACAUUCCGGAUAGAAAAUGCUUGGAUUUUCUUUUUUAACAACAUAUAUGGCAGGUAUUUGUUGUGAAGAUAGAUGUAUACCAAAGUGCUAUUUUUUUGUGUUACUUUUUUGUGUUACUUUUUUUUAAUGUAGUUUGAUCAUUUUAUACAUGUAAUGUCAGCAUCCUUUAAUUUGAAUUGAGAUUUAUGUUUCCACUGAUCAUGUAGGUUAUAGAAAGGUCCUUCGGUUCAAAGUGAAUCUGUUACAUUCACAAGCCAUUUAGAACAUGUGGCUAAAUUAAAUUUGUAUAUUACUAUAUAUUACAAUGUGUGAUGGUGAAAUAUUAGUACUGUGUGUGUCUGCACAUGUGUAGAUGUAAAUAUUUAUAAUGAAUUAUGUGAAUAUGUGUAAACAUGAGUAUAUAUGAGUAUAUAUACUGUAUUUGACCUAACAUUUCGCCUUUAACCAAAUUCCUCCUGAUUCAGAGAGAAUUGUAUUUAUCCCAAGAAAGUUUUUUGAGGUUUGUUUGGAAAGUAGAAUGAUACCCUACAAGAAAUAUUUAAAUUUUAGAACCAACUAUAAUAAGGCAAAUGUAUUUGCCUCUAAAAAGUGCACAUGAUGUGUUUGUAUUUCUGAGAACCAAUGUUUGUACCAUACAGACAAACUGCACCUGUAAGUAAAUACACCAGUGAUGUACGCAUGAUCAUGUGCUGGUCUACGUGUGUGAUGCAGUGCAGUUUUUUUUGUAGUGUUACAUGUAUGUACAGAAUAGGAAAAUUGACACCAAAGAUUGUAAUCAGAGAUUGUCUUCAAGUCCUGUUUUUGGUCUUGAGCUUUGUUUUUGGAAGAAGAAAAAGUCCCCCCCCCUCCACCACCAC